CUGCUCCCUUCCACCCUCAGGUCUCCUUAGUCUCCUGCUCAGUCUCUCAGCAGGGGUGCACCUCCUUCCUCGUUGUGUCCUCCACUUUAGGACCAAACAUUGAUGCUCAGACCCUGGCUUCAGAACUUUCCAAGUCCGGUGCUCACAGUGCAAUGAGGGCUCUGGGGCCCUACUCCUAGGGCCUGGGGUAGAGAAUCUGAUUGACUCCUGGGUCCAGUGACUUCCCUGUGCAGUCACCAGAAGCAGCAGGAGCUGGGACUCUGAAGAGUGUGGUCAAGUUCUCCAAGGAGGGGGCAGGGUAUGGAGAAAUGGGGGCAUCUUCGGGACAGCAGGUGCAGGGAAGGAAGGAAGAUGCCUAUGAAUACUGACAGGCUGCAGGGCCCAGGCAAAGCUCCAGGUCGAGCCUUUACUUCUGCCCUUGUCCUUUCCUGCAUCCCAGCCAUGAACUGACUUCAGCCUUUCCGGAAUCCUCUUUGUUUCUCUCACUUGUUCACAAAGGUGGCCAAGAGGUACCAGGAAGAUCUGAGUUUUCUCAUCCAAGUCUGCCACCGACCAGCUUGGUGAAUUUGGGGAAGUAAUGAAAGAUUUCUGAGUAUCCUCACUGGCAAAAUAGAGGUUAUAGGACUAGCCAUGUGCAGCUGUGGCGGGCGUUACAGACAGACCAGAGCUGAGAGCCUUCGGAGUGCCUGGCUCCUGUGUGUUGGGGACCCAAGAGGCAUAUCUUUUCAUUUUACAUCACGAAAAUCAGAAAUUAGACUGGCAUGUCAAUGUGUGAUUGGCAGUGUUUCUUUUUUAUAUAUAUAUUGGCACAUAAAUAGGUGCCUCUUGUAAUAAUCAUAUCCCAGAUUUGGUGAACUAUGGUGAAUUUGAUCCAUUACAAGUUGUGCUGAUCUGGGCCAAACUGCAAUAUCUCUGCGUAAAAAUGUCCCACCUGCAAGAUGGGAACAAGGUCCCUCCUUCAGCCAGCCUCUAUGAGGCUAAAACAAGACCACAUCUGUGCACAGUUUUGAAAGUGCUCGUCCUUCCCCUCUUUUCCUCCUGGAUGGCACCAUUGGUGGGCAAGGUGGGCUUUGGGCAAACCAAGCUGUCCUGAGCUGGAAAUUUGUUUGUUUGUCCAUGGAGAGCGAGGCCUCAGCACUGAGGGCCAAGCAAGCAAAUAUUUGCGGUUAUGGAUUAACUCGAGUUCCAGGCUGUCAUGGCGGCAGGAGGGCGACCUUGCAGUUUCUCCACAGCCCACCCCAGUAAGUCCCCUUCCGGGCAGACAGGUGUCAGCAACUCCAGAAUGUGGCAGCUGGCGAGCCUCUUCCUGUUCCUGACCAUCUGGGGAAUUUCCAGCACACCAGUUAAUCCCGACUCAGUGUUCUCCAGCAGUGAGCAGGCCCACCAGGUGCUACGGAUCCACAAACGUGCCAACUCCUUCCUGGAGGAGCUCCGGCCCAGCAACCUGGAGCGGGAGUGCAUGGAGGAGAUCUGUGACUUUGAGGAGGCCAACGAGAUUUUCAAAAAUGUGGAUGACACACUGGCCUUCUGGUCCAAGUACCUUGACGACGACCAGUGCACCGUCCAGCUGCCGGAGCACCCGUGCGACAGCCCAUGCUGCGGCCAUGGCACGUGCAUCGACGGCAUAGGUGGCUUCCGCUGCGACUGUGGCCUGGGCUGGGAAGGCCGCUUCUGCAUGCAAGAGGUGCGCUCCUCCAACUGCUCAGUGGACAAUGGCGGCUGCGCGCACUAUUGCCUGGAGGAAGAGGGCCGGCGCCGCUGCAGCUGCGCUCCCGGCUACCGGCUGGCGGACGACCACCUGCACUGCGAGCCCAAAGUGAAAUUCCCCUGUGGGAGACCAUGGAACCCAAUGGAGAAGAAGGGCAAGACCUUGAAAUGUUGCACAGACCAAGCAGACCAAGUGGACCCGCGGCUCAUCAACGGGAAGUUGACCUUACAGGGGGAGAGUCCCUGGCAGGGAGACGCUUGGAACAGCGCCAACUUUCUGAAAUGUGCGGAAAUAGAAAAUGCCAGCAAAGGGCCAGAAGUCCAUGCCCUCCUGGCUGGGGAACCCAGGAAAGACCUCCUUCUACUGCCAGUGCCUCAGGUGAUCCUGCUGGACUCGAAGAAGAAGCUGGCCUGUGGGGCGGUGCUCAUCCACACUUCCUGGGUGCUGACAGCGGCCCACUGCAUGGAGGACUCAAAGAAGCUCACCGUUAGGCUUGGGGAGUAUGACCUUCGGCGCAGGGAGAAGUGGGAGGUGGACCUGGACAUCAGCGAGGUCCUCAUGCACCCCAACUACAGCAGGAGCACCACCGACAAUGACAUCGCACUGCUCCGCCUGGCCCGGCCCGCCACCUUCUCAAAGACCAUUGUGCCCAUCUGCCUCCCGGACAGCGGCCUCUCAGAGCGUGAGCUCACCAAGGUCGGCCAGGAGACGGUGGUGACAGGCUGGGGCUACCGCAGUGAGAGCAAGAGAAACCGCACCUUCGUUCUCAACUUCAUCAAGAUCCCCGUGGCGCCUCGCAGCAAGUGCAUUGAAGCCAUGCACAACGUGGUCUCUGAGAACAUGCUGUGUGCGGGCAUCCUCGGGGACCCACGGGAUGCCUGUGAGGGGGACAGCGGGGGACCUAUGGUUGCCUCCUUCCACGGCACCUGGUUCCUGGUGGGCUUGGUGAGCUGGGGUGAGGGCUGCGGGCGCCUCCACAACUAUGGCAUUUAUACCAAAGUCAGCCGCUACCUCGACUGGAUCCACAGUCACAUCAGAGCCGAGGAGGCCUCCCUGGAGAGUCAGUGGCAUUAGCAACCCCUCCACUGUGUCUGGACCCCAGAGGCCACACUUGGAAUGGGUGCUGGGCUGUUGAAUGGCAAUGUAUGGGACAUUAAAGGGAAUGCACAGCA